AUGGACUUCUUGAAGCGACUUCAAGUCGACGUCCGAGAGGACGGCCAAGUCGGCCUGUCCAAUGAAGACACUAAGCCACUACCACCGAGUCGGAGAACAUAUGGCCCUUGGUCGUUUGUUAUUCUGUGGGUCAUAACGGGCUCGUUUAAUAUUGGCGGCUGGACCACGGGGUCCUCUCUCAUUGCCUACGGCCUCAAUGUGUGGCAGUGCAUGAUCACCGUGAUCGUAGGCAAUCUCAUCGUUGGUGUCAUGUGUGUUCUCAGCGGCGCGCCUGGCGCAAAGUGGCACAUUGGUUUUCCGAUCAUCCAACGCUCGGCCUGGGGCACUCGUGGUUUUGUUUUCGUCAUUAUUCAGCGCUUCUUCCUGUCUUGCAUCUGGUACUCGACACAGGUCUACUGGGGCGCCGAGUGCCUCAAGACAUUCUUGACCGCGCUGUGGCCGUCGUACCAGUCGCUCAACAAGUCCUUAGCCGGUGGCACAAUGACGACGGGCGACUUUCUUGCCUUUGUCCUCUUCACCAUCUUCUACUUGCCGCUCGUCUUCAUCAAGCCCGAGCACUACCGCAUCCCCUUUCUCUUCUGCUGCGCCUGCAUCAUCCCGACUGUGCUCGCCCUGCUCAUUUGGUUCGUCUCAACGGCCCACGGCGGUGGUGAGCUGCUGCACGAUGUCGCUGCUGCGGGCGUGACUCAGGCGCACGGUUCCCACCUCGCAUGGAUGUUCGUCCUAGGUAUUUGCACCAACAUCAGCACCAUCAGCGUGCACAUCUUUGUGCAGUCUGACUACACCCGCUUUGCACGCAAGCCUCGCGACCAGGUCCUGGCCCAGCUCGUCAUGGUGCCGCUGGGUACAAUUGUCGUCGCCCUCACUGGCAUCGUGUGCACCUCGUGCGCCGCCAAGAUCUUCCCCGAGACAAGUGGCACUCUACUGUGGCAGCCGUACGAGCUGCUGACACGUCUACAGCUGCACUACAACAACUCGUCCCGAUCGCGAGUGGCCGUCGCCUUUUCCAGCCUGGCAUUUAUGCUGGCCCAGUUCGGCCAAGUCGUCGCCAACAAUGGCGUCUCCGGCGGUAUGGAUCUGUCGGCGUUGUUGCCCCGCUACUUUACCAUGCGCCGCGGUAUGUUGGCGCUGACGUGCAUCUCGUUCAUUGUGCAGCCUUGGCAGUUGAUGAACGGUGCCAGCAGCUUCUUGACGGUCCUUGGCGGAUACGGUGUCUUCUUGGGCCCUAUGACGGGCGUCAUGUUCUGCGACUACUUUAUCGUCCGCAAGCGCGUCUACAAGUUGUCGGACCUGUAUCGCACAAGGUCUGACAGCAUCUACCAUUUCAGCCACGGCGUGAACUGGCGCGCGUUUGUGGCGUGGAUUAUGGGCGUCUGGAUCACUCUGCCUGGUUUUGCGCGCAUGGUCCAUGGCGGCCCACCGCUGGACGGCUGGUCCAACAUGAACUACUUCAGCUGGCCGUUGGGCACACUCAUCUCGAUGAUGGCGUUUUACAUCAUGAACUGGCUGCAGCCUGUUCCUGGUUUGGGCCAAGUUGAUGAUGAAGACUACUUCGGCGUCGACGGUCCACUGACCGCUGUGAUUGAGAGCCAGGAAUCAGACAGCGGCAACGAGAACAUUGAUAGCGGCCGCUUCGACACAAAGGUGUAG